AUGGCUCUCUUUUUCAACAAGUACCUGCUGCUGUGCUUAUUGUCCUAUGUUGUAUAUUUAACUUUGGACUGGUCUUCUCCAGAAUUGAUUCCCGUCAAAGCCAAUGUUAAUAACUUAUGGAACCAAGUCCAAGUCAAUCCAAUUUAUACUGAUUAUGUAUCACCUGUGCAAAAUCAAUUCACUCCUUAUUAUCAAGAAUAUAUUGUUCCUUCAUAUAAUAAGGUCCAAUUCCAAGUUAAUAACCAAUAUCAUAAUUAUGUCUCUCAUCAUGUUGAUACAUUAACUUCCAAGAUUAUUGAUUCAUCUAUAUAUAAUCAAUUCAAUGAUGUUAAACCUAAAGUAGAUGAAUAUUGGGACCUUGUGGAGUCUAAGGUGAAAUUUUUCAAUAAUCAAGCUAUAAAAUUUUCAAUUCAAACUAUAAAUCAAUCAUAUAAUUAUCUUUAUCAAAAUUAUCAAACUGCUUAUCCAUUAGCAGUGGAUUUUUAUCAUAACAAAGCUAUUCCAUUUACUAAAGAUUCACACUCAAAAUCAUUACAAGCUUGGAAUUUAUUGAAAAUCCAUUCUAAUAAAAGUUACAUCAUUGGUAAAACUUAUUGGAAUCAAUUAUAUAGUGAUCAAAUUAAACCAUUUUAUAAUAAAAUUAUCCCUGUGAUAACUCCAAUUUAUGAUCAGUAUUUCCAAAAAUAUGUUGAAUUAAUCAAAGUACAUGUUUUGAAAUAUUAUACCUUAUUUAAAUUAGAACAAAUUGGUGAAUUUUUACAAAAUUUUUCAUCAUCAACAUAUGAAAAAUUUAUUAAAAUUACAGAUUCCAAACAAUUCAAUAUAAAUAAAAAUUCCACUGUGGCUACAACUGAAACAGGUACAUCAUUAGAAUCUACAGAAUCUUUAGAAAAUCCAGAAAUUACACCAAUAGUUGAAGAUAAUGAAGAAGAUAUUUUGGAAGCUCCAGAAUCUGAAAUUCCUCAAGAUACAGAAGUUGAACCAUUAAAAACUUCCACAAUUGAAAUUAUUGAACAAGUCACAAUAGUUCAAGAUGAACAAGAACCAAUUGAAACCAAUUUCAAACAAGUUCAAACUAAAAAUCAACAAGAUGGUGAAUUAACUUUAUCAUUAGCUGAUGAAAUUACAGCAUGGAAUGAAUUUAUAAGCAAUACAGUGGAAAAUAUCUUCAGAUCAUUUAAUAAAACUAUUGAUAAUUUACAAAAUGAAAAAAUUGAAGAAAUUUCACCAAUUUUAAAAGAAAAAUUAUCAAAUUUAAGUAAUACUGCACAAUUUAAUUAUAUUGAAAUUAAUAAAAUUAUCUGGGAUAUAAAUUCCACAAGUGCCAUAUUGGAAAAUAAUCAACAAGUUGAAUUAAAUCAAGAUGAUAAUUUAAUUGAUCAUAAAAUUUCAAGACAAGAAAUUCGUGAUUUUUUCACUGAAAAUUCUAAAGCGUUAAAAAAAAUUGCAGAUAAUGUUAAUACAGAAUUACAAAAAUCAGUUGCUGAAGUCGAAGAGGAAAUUGAAUUGGAAAGAAAAAUAGUAAUUGAUAUUUUAGAAGAAUUUGCAGAAGUUGCUAUAAAUGAAUUUAGUAAAAAAAUGAUGUUUUCAACUUAUUCUAAUAAUUUUAAAAAAAUUCAAUCAAAUCCUGAUUUAAUAAAUAAUGAUGAUGAAAGCUUUAAUGAUUGGAAACAAUAUAUUAAAUCAAAAAAUUAUCUUAUUUCCAAAAGAAAUGAAUUAACAACUUUCCAACCAAAAUUAACAAUAUUUGAAAAAAAAAUUGGAGAAAUUGGAUUCCAUUUAAAAACUUUAGAACAAGAAACUGGUUCAGCAUUUGCUAUAGCAAGAGCUAAGGCAAAUUUAGCAUUUCAAGCUAGAGAAUCAAGAGAACGUUCAAUGGAUGAAAUUUUGGAACAAGGUGGUGAAUUAACUAAAACUAUUUUUAAAAUUAAUACUGCAACUUUAGGUGAUGAUGGAAUUAUAACACCUGGAAGUGAAGAGGUUAGUAAUACAUCAAGUGAAAUUGAAUCAAAAGAAACUGUUGAACCACCAAAAGUUGAUGUUCCUGUUAGAAAUUAUGCUAAUGUUGAGGAAAUUACUGAAGAGAUUCCAGAGAAUGAAGAAAUUAUAGAACCUCAAGAUGACGAAAUUAAACAAGAUAUUGUUGAACAUGAUGAAGAUGAAGAGGAAAAUGUUAAAGAAGAUGAAGACACAGAAGAAGAAGGAGAAGACGACGAAGAAACAGAAGAAGAAGAAGAAGAAGAAGAAGAUACAGAAGAAGAUGACACUGAAGAAGAAGAUGAAAUUGUUGAACAUAAACCAGAUACCCCAUAG